CACAUUUUUAGGGAAAUGAUUAACUACAACACACAAAGAUUAAAUUUUAGAGACCAUGUGACCUCCUUGGCCCGCCAUACCGCCUAUUUACCGUGCGGAAAUGGUGCGUUCUGUUUCCUCAUUCAAAACACGCGCGAGCCAUGGCGGAGCGCGGAUAGAACGCACCUGAGCAGCGACAUCAUGCGCGAGAUAGUGCACCUCCAGGCCGGCCAGUGCGGGAACCAGAUUGGAGCAAAGUUCUGGGAGGUGAUCAGCGACGAGCAUGGCAUCGACCCCACAGGAACUUAUCACGGAGACAGCGACCUGCAGCUGGACAGAAUCAAUGUCUACUAUAAUGAGGCGUCAGGUGGGAAGUACGUGCCGAGGGCCAUCCUUGUGGAUUUGGAGCCAGGCACCAUGGACUCUGUGCGCUCCGGCCCCUUUGGACAGAUCUUCAGGCCUGACAAUUUCGUCUUUGGCCAGAGUGGAGCCGGUAACAACUGGGCAAAGGGUCACUACACAGAGGGGGCAGAGCUGGUGGACUCAGUCUUGGAUGUAGUGAGGAAGGAGGCUGAGAGCUGCGACUGCCUCCAGGGUUUCCAGCUGACACACUCUCUGGGCGGGGGUACCGGGUCUGGAAUGGGAACUCUGCUCAUCAGCAAGAUCCGUGAGGAGUACCCUGACCGUAUUAUGAACACGUUUAGCGUGGUGCCAUCUCCUAAGGUAUCAGACACAGUGGUGGAGCCGUACAACGCCACCCUGUCCGUGCACCAGCUGGUGGAGAACACAGACGAGACUUACUGCAUCGACAACGAGGCCCUGUAUGACAUCUGCUUCCGCACCCUCAAACUCACCACGCCCACUUAUGGCGACCUCAACCACCUGGUCUCUGCCACCAUGAGUGGGGUGACAACCUGCCUGCGUUUCCCCGGCCAGCUCAACGCCGACCUCCGCAAACUGGCCGUCAACAUGGUGCCCUUCCCUCGUCUGCACUUCUUCAUGCCCGGCUUCGCCCCUCUCACCAGCAGAGGCAGCCAGCAGUACAGAGCCCUCUCCGUGCCCGAACUCACCCAGCAGAUGUUUGACGCCAAAAACAUGAUGGCAGCCUGCGACCCACGCCACGGCCGUUACCUGACCGUGGCGGCUGUCUUCCGCGGCCGCAUGUCCAUGAAAGAGGUGGACGAGCAGAUGCUGAACGUGCAGAACAAGAACAGCAGCUACUUUGUGGAAUGGAUCCCCAACAAUGUGAAGACGGCUGUGUGCGACAUCCCUCCACGCGGGCUCAAGAUGGCCGCCACCUUCAUCGGAAACAGCACUGCCAUCCAGGAGCUGUUCAAGCGCAUCUCCGAGCAGUUCACCGCCAUGUUCCGCCGUAAGGCCUUCCUCCACUGGUACACCGGCGAGGGAAUGGAUGAGAUGGAGUUCACCGAGGCCGAGAGCAACAUGAACGACCUGGUGUCCGAGUACCAGCAGUACCAGGACGCCACGGCCGAGGAGGGAGAGUUUGAGGAGGAGGGCGAGGAGGAGGUGGCCUGAGGCUGAAAUCUCUCCUCAUCCUUACUCCUCAUAACUUCAUCCAACCAUCCACUUAUUUAACUCCUGCUCUGCCCUCUGUUCUCUUUUCUUUCGUUUGUUACUCUGCCCUCCUCUCCCUCUGUCUCACUUCCUCUGCCUCUCUCUCCCUUCUCCUCCAGUCAGAGUAGGAUUCACAACUCUACAUCGUCUCUCUCAUCUCAUUCCCCAUAAAGAGGUAGCUAACACAAGUGUGCUUGUGGUCUUUGUCGGUAGUUCUCUGUUUAUGUUAAACAUUAUGUUUCAUACUUGGACCAAGUAUUCAAUAAAAUGUUCAACUCAUGC